AUGGCAAAACAGUCAACAGCAUCGACAGUUAGCUGUGCACCUUUCGCCGUACGACAGCCGGAAGCAUUCAAUUUUGACAAUGCAGUGGAAUGGGAAAGUUGGAUCCAAGAAUUUGACGAUUAUCGCUACGCCUCGGGACUUAGUGAACGGACGAGCGAAGCACAGGUUCGCACACUUCUCUACACCAUGGGACGCCAGGCAAGAAAGAUUUUCAGUACAUUUCAACUGUCGGAAGCUGACGCCAAGGACUACGAAAAGGUCAAAGAGAAAUUCUACAAGCAUUUCCUCAAAGUAGAAAACGUCGUCUACGAAAGCGCUUGUUUUCAUCGCCGUUCCCAAGAGCCGACGGAAACAGUUGACCAGUACAUGACUUGUCUUCAUACGAUGGCGGACAGAUGCAAGUUCGGCGACUUGAAGGAGAGGAUGAUAAGAAAUAGAUUUAUUUUGGGUCUGAGGGACACCGUCUUAUCCGAAUCUCUUCAGAUGGACUCGGAAGCGACCGCAUCGUCAGCGCUGGCAAAAGCUCGACUAAGAGAAAGCAUUCUGAAGCAGCAGCAGGACCUACACGCAGCGCAAACACAAGAAAGAGAUCUUCAGCAGAUGCAAGACGUCGACAGCGUCCACAAAAGGAAGACUGCACGAGCUUCGCACAGGCGGAAGCAGAGUCAAGACAGCAGCUCCAAAACUGCCUGCAUAUGGUGUGGAGGACCAGCUUAUGCGCGAGUUCUCAUCAAGGGCUUUCCGAUAGAAGCAAAAGUGGACUCUGGCGCCGAAGUAUGUGCAGUACCUGCUUCCUUUCAAGGGAUUCCACAGCAGCUUGGGGUGUCAAGAGAAGUGCUGAAAGGCCCGUCAGGCCAGAUAUUGCUGGUGAUUGGGAAGUUCACGGCCGAGAUAGCCUGGAAAGACAAGAAGUCUGAGCAAUGUGUGUACGUGAUUGACUCUUUGCACGUGCCAUUGUCGGGACUACCAGCACUAGAAGCUUUGGGCAUCGUCAAAUUCGUGGAGUCUAUAACGCCAGACAACGUGGAAAAGAAAUACGCAGAACUAUUUCAUGGCCUUGGGACCGUAGAAGGGGAGCAUACCAUUCGCCUCAAAAACGAUGCGACCCCGUAUGCCCUGUACACAGCAAGCAGGAUACCCAUACCCUUGAGAGCUGCAGUAAGGCGAGAACUAGACAAGAUGGAAAAAAAUGGAGUCAUCCGACCAGUAGAAGGGCCGACUGCUUGGUGUGCCGGGAUUGUUCCGGUUGUAAAGCCAUCGGGAAACGUCAGAAUCUGUGUCGAUCUGACAAAGCUCAACGCUAGUGUUCUACGCGAACGGUAUACGCUCCCAACGGUAGAAGAAACCCUAGGGCAACUCGGAAAUGCAAGUGUAUUUUCCAAGUUGAACGCCAACUCAGGCUUCUACAAGAUUAAGCUGUCGCAAGAAAGUCAGGAGCUGACUACGUUUAUAACUCCCUUUGGGAGGUACCGUUUCACGCGGAUGCGUUUUGGCAUAACGUCGGCUCCGGAAUACUUUCAGAAGAAGAUGGCCGAAGUACUCAGUGGAUUGCCGGGAGUCGUCAACAUGAUGGAUGACAUACUUGUCUACGGCAAGGACGCUGAGGAACAUGACAGAAAUUUGCACAAGGUACUGCAACGAAUCGCAGCAGCGGGAGUGACGCUCAACAAAACAAAAUGCAAGUUCAAGACGAAAGAAAUCUCGUUUCUUGGAUACGUCGUAAACGAAAAGGGCAUCGGCCCGAUCAAAGUAAAGUUGAAGCGAUAA